GAACCCUUGCCUCAGUCGGUGCUGUCACUUUCGGACAGGCCCAAGGAUACGUUUGUAUGAGGAUCGUUCUGCAAGUGCUCAGCCAAAUUCGAAGACAAUCGAAUGCAAGAUGAAUUCGUCCGGCGUGGGACCUAUGCCGCUGAGUUCGGCGUUGAGCAGUGCCCACCAAGCUGUCGUCAACGCCAGGUUGAAUUCCCUCACGCAAGAGCACAAGUUCGCGAAGAAAUGUAAACACCUCAAAAGAAUGAUGAAGGAUUUACUCUGGGAAAACUCGAUUCUGUUCAAUCACCUACAGCGAGGUAUCACGGAAACGAAUAUCUGCAACGAAGAGCGGAGACGAUUGACCCGGAAACUCAUAGGGAAAAUCAACAAACAUGUCAUUCCUCUCCGGAAACCUCUGCCGAGCUGCAUAACAAUCUCUACAACGGGCAGCCACAAGAUCCAGUUCCCUUCGGGCGCGGCUCGAACCCUGACGGGCCUACCGGAGCGUCCCAAGGAGUCAAUAUCGGUGUCGACCGCCGCCCAGGCUAAAGGCCGCAAAAAAGCUCAUUCAGACAAACGAUACGUUCAGCCCAUCCCUCUCGACAACACAGGCAGACCGAUAUUUCCCAUCGAGCUGCCUGGAAUCGAGGUACAUUGCCUCGGGGAGAUCGACAACAAGCGCCCAGCUUAUCACACCGAAGAUCUUCUUUAUCCUGUCGGUUUCUGCUCGUCGAGAGAAUUCGCUGCGUCAUCUGACCCGACCCAGACCACACUCUACACUUGUACGGUCAACGAUAACGGAACAGAACCGAAGUUCGAAAUGAGCGGCGAGGAUACGCUCACUGUUUUCAAAGGACGGACUCCCGAUGAAUGCGUCGCAAGUCUGAUCGCAGCCAUCAACGAAACCCUUCCACCAGCGCGACAUCUGCCUUCGUUACCGCCCAAUAAGGGAGCUGAGUUUUUCGGGCUUUCAAUUCCAACGAUUCAUCAUCUCAUUCAGGGAUGUCUGGGUACGCGGAGAUGUCUCCGGUACAAACCAGUCCGAUACGAGACGUCUCGAUUACCACCACCGGCCUCGGCGAGCACUCUACUCGACGUGCAUUUAUCGUACACCGCGUUCCGCGAAAAAUGUCUCAAAUGAGCUUCGGAGUCGGAGAGCACCAGCCCUUCGAGAUAGAAAGAUCUUGGAAGAAAGAGAAUACAUAAAGAUCGGGGACGCUAUCGACUUGAGCUCCUGCUCGAUAUUUGUUCAUAACUUGUACAGACCCCCCGAAGGUGGGAAUCUAUGGGCGGAUGCAACGAUCGGUAAU